UUCUUGUUCCUUUCUAAUUCUUCUCGAGCCAUAUUCGUUUCGCCCAAUCUGAGUUUUCAUCUGAUUAGAUCGGGGUUGGGUAGAUGGAUUUUCCAUAGUCGUAUUUGGAACAGCUUGGUCUGUUUACGAUUGGGAUUUGCGCUUUCUCUUUGUGCUCUAGGACAAAAUUACGAAACAGUUAGGAAAUAGGUGGCUGGGUUUGAUUGCUUGCAAUUGUUAGACCGGAUGUUACAUUAGCUUUUUCAGUUAAUAUUUGGUUAUGGAUCUCCAGAUUGUGAAUGUCCAUUUUUCUUCGAGGAUUGAACAUUUUAUGCUUUGAUUACUUUACUUGCACUCGUCGUAGAUAUACCUUCUUACGCGAAUUAGGGCUUAAUAAUCUACCAGCGGCUGUUGUAGGGAGUGGUAUUUGAUAUUUCUGACAUUUUUGUUGGAUUAUAUUUUGGAUCUACUUGUUAAGUAGGUCGUGUUGCAUUUGGGGGCCUGACUUUGGUUAUAUUCUGUUCCUGGAGCUCCUUGGAGAUGAGUCAGAGGGGUUUAGUUUAUAGCUUCGUUGCAAAAGGGACUGUCGUAUUGGCAGAGCAUACUUCAUAUUCAGGAAAUUUCAGUACCAUUGCUGUUCAAUGCUUGCAGAAGCUGCCUUCAAAUAGCAGCAAAUACACAUACUCAUGUGAUGGAUACACAUUCAACUUCCUCAUUGACAAUGGAUUUGUUUUUCUUGUUGUUGCUGGUGAAACCAUAGGACGCAGUGUACCUUUUGUAUUUCUUGAUCGUGUGAAGGAUGAUUUUAAACAGCGUUAUGGUGAAAGCAUUAAGAGUGAAGGUGCCCAUCCACUAGCUGAUGACGACGAGGAUGAGUUUUUAUUUGAAGACAGAUUUAGCAUUGCCUAUAGUCUAGACAGAGAAUUUGGGCCAAGACUUAAGGAGCACAUGCAGUACUGCAUGAACCAUCCAGAAGAAAUGAGCAAACUAUCGAAAUUAAAGGCUCAAAUAACUGAGGUCAAGGGGAUAAUGAUUGACAAUAUUGAGAAGGUUUUGGAUCGUGGAGAGAAGAUUGAACUUUUGGUGGAUAAAACAGAAAGCCUUCAGUUCCAGGCUGAUAGCUUCCAGAGGCAAGGAAGGCAGCUAAGACGAAAGAUGUGGCUGCAGAAUCUUCAAAUGAAGUUGAUGAUGGGAGGAGGAAUUCUCAUUAUAAUCGUUAUAUUAUGGGCUAUUGCAUGUGGUGGGUUCAAAUGUUGAUGGAGCUGGACUGGAGCUCAGCAAAUUGAGUAGUGUAAUGGAUGUAGAAAGUGGUACUAUACUUCACCUUGUACAUUGAGUCUGAUUCCAGAAUUUACCUUCUUGCUGUCAUAGCUUGUAAUUAAGAUUGAGGAAAGCUGCUGGUUCCUUUUAAUCAAACUCUUACUUUAGAAGAUGUUAAA